ACCACGUGACAAUUUGUUUACAGUUGUUCUGGAUGAUUCACGAAUCGCGAAAAUUACACCCUUUACUAGGCUGAUUCAUACAAGAUAAAGCUGCUGAUCGUGACAGAACAUUGAAAUACCUUUCACAUGAGAACACAGUUAAAAAAUGAGAACUUAUAAAGAUAAUUUAAGAGGCACAAGUCGUCUAUUGCCAAGGGAAAGUUGGAAUUCAGACAGUUCAAGACCCUCGUUGAGAUACUACGAUUACCCAUCAUUCCAAACUGGUACCAAUAUCUGGAAUCCGGUCACAGAAAAUUUAGCAAGACCAUCAUUACCAAGAGAAUUUUCUAGACUUGGGUUUGAUAACGAAAGAGAUAAGUACAUCAGGGAUGAACACUUUUCUCCUUAUUCCACAUCAGACUGGGAAUCAGAUGAGCACAGACUUUAUAAUAAAGCAAAUAAUGGAAAAUUUUCUAAACCUAUUUCUACCAGACGAGUUCAGCAUGAGGCUCAUGAUCGAUUAGUUCAAAUUCCAAUUCAACAUUAUAGUACUCUCCCAAACUCAAGAAAAAUAGAACAUAAAAGUCUUCCAAAUUCAUGGAUUCCAGAAUAUAAAACUCUUCCCAGUUCAAGGAGGAGAGCUCUGAGAUAUAGUGAUAAUUAUAUUGAUCUGUCAGAUGAAAGUGAUGAAAUAUACAGUGAAAGUCUUUCUGAUGAUUCAGACUGUGAUAUAGCACCUUUUGUAAACAGAAAUUUAAACAACAAUGGUACAGAUGUAAAGACAAGGCGAGGUCGAUCAACUUCCAACCCUCGUACGCAACCAUAUUCCAUGAAUACUAGGAAUAAAUCUCCAAAUGUGGAGACAGACUGCAGAUUAGAUUCACCACCAAAUACUCAUCCUUCUCGUAUAAUACCAACUUCGAAUAAUAUUCGAAGGCAUUCAUCAAGACCUGGACAGCCAAGGUCAUCUGGAACACAUCAUGGUAUAAUUUGUUUAUCUGAUGAUGAAAAUGACAGAAGUAGUAAGCGAAACGACAGGAUAAUGUCAGCAUUACCCUCUUCAAGUCGGUAUGAAAAUGAUCUUUCCAAAAUUUAUGACUAUGAUAUCGAGGUCGCAAACAAGGACAAAAACAUGCCUUCGUCAUCAAAGCAUAGAUCUACUGAGAAAUCUUAUAUCAUUGGAGACGAAGAUUUCCAUGGUGGCAAAAUUUCAGGUGAAAGAAAUGCUGGCUUAAGUGAAGGUGCAAAACAGACCAUCUAUAUCGAUGACAAAAAGCAAAGUUUUUUAAAGUCAAAUACUGAUUCUGAUGGGAAAAUAAUGGCUACACCCAGUUAUCCAGCCUAUGACAUGAUCCGAGACAUAAUCGAACCUGAAGAGAGACAAGUUGAUUAUAUUCGUGGUGAUGGCAACUGUUUCUUCCGGGCUUUAAGUAAAGUGAUAUACAACACAGAAACUUGUCAUGAAGAACUUCGUCAAACAGUUGUAGACUUAAUGGAAAAGUAUCCAAAAGAUUUUGAACAAUUCAUAGAUGGGAAGUCGAUACAAUCUCAUAUAAUUUCAAUGAGGAAGGAUGGGACAUGGGCAACACAAGCAGAAAUAUACGGUGCUGCAACAUUACUGCAACGUGAUGUAUAUAUGUUAUCACCUGAUCAUUCUGGAAAAUUCUAUCGCUGGUUGCUUUUUUCACCAAGAUUUAAACAAAGUGAUGUUGAUUGUUUUGACCUUUGUUACAUAACCUUAUGUCACACAAAUGGAAAUCAUUAUGACAGAAUAGCUCCGCUAGUGGGCAAAUGUAACUGUGCACUGUUGCCACCUCAGUUGUCAGGGGCCAAAGGUCAUGUAGACUUGACAACAGAAUCUGAAGAAGAUUUAUUAAUAGUAUAAAUGAAUUGUACAUAUUAUAACGUUUUUGUGCACUGACUUGCCAUUUUAGUCUUUCAGGUUUUAAAAUAUUAUUCAUGCAUCAAUAUGUUUAUUUAUGAUCAUGUAUCUAAUUGAGUUGUUUUUUUGUAAUACAAAUUAAACAUAGAAACAUU